UCGGUCAACCACUCUCGUGCAUAUAUUCAAGAUGGCCGAAGCUGCUGUUACAGAUUACACGCUCGCCAACCCGGACACCUUGACAAAAUACAAGGUCGCCGCCGAAAUCUCACAGAAGGUCCUCAAAGAGGUCUCAGGAUGGAUCAAGGCCGACGCCAGCAUUGUCGAGCUCUGUGAGCGCGGUGAUACGCUUCUCGCUGAGGAGGUCGGCAAGGUUUACAAGGGCAAGAAGGUACUCAAGGGUAUUGGGCACUGCACCACCAUCUCGCCUAGCUCCUACAUCACCCCCUACACGCCGCUCAAGACCGAUGCUGAGGAGGCCGCUGCCACACUCAAGGAAGGAGAGGUCGUGAAGAUCCAAUUAGGUGCCCAGAUUGACGGCUUCUGCACAAUCGUUUGCGACAACGUAAUCGUCGGCAGCGAUGGAGAGGUUACUGGACGCGAGGCAGACCUCAUUCUCGCCACAUACUACGCAAACGAGCUGCUUCUCAGGUUGAUGACCCCGCCAGGUCUGGUUGCGCAGGGCGAUGAGGAGGAGCAGAAGAAGGCCGCCUCAAGGAAACCCUACACACAGAGCCAAAUCACGAACAUGCUCGAAAAGGUCGUCAAGGCAUACGAAUGCAACGUUGUUGAGAGCACCACCAUCUGGCAGUUCGAGCACAACGAGAUCGAGUCCAAGAAGAAGAUCAUCUUGGCCCCCGGAGAGGGUGUCAGGGGUGAAGGUCUCCCCGAAGUCGGCGAGGUCUGGGGGUGUUGAGAUGGGCGUCAGCCUGGGUACCGGCCAAGGUCAAGAGCAACGGAAACAGGACCACGCUCCAUCGCCGCACAGACACAAAGUACCAGCUCAAGCGUCCAACCUCGAGGGCUCUCCUUUCGGAGGUUGUCAAGAAGUUCGGCACUUUCCCCUUCAGUCUGCGACAACUUGAGGACGAGAAGGCCGCUAAGGUCGGCGUCGUCGAGUGUGUUCGUGGCGGCGUACUUCGCCAGUACGAGGUCGUUGUCGACAAGGACGCGAAGCCCGUUGCUAGGCUGUUCACCACUGUCGCUGUCACCAAGAACGGCAUGCAGCGCCUUGCGCAGCCGCCUGCGCUGGAUCUCGAGAAGUACAAGUCUGAUAAGAAGAUUGAGGACGAGGAGAUCCUGAAGAUCCUGGAGCAGCCCCUAGGCAAGGCAACCAUCAAGAAGAACAAGAAGAAGAAGAAGAAGCCUGCCAAGAAGGCCGCGACAGGAGAGGCUGCUGCCGAGGAGGAUGACGAGGAGGGCGACGAGGAGUAAGCGUUUGCUGUGGAAGACUUUAUGCGCAAGCAUUCGCGAUUCACGAUUGAACUUGACCUCCUGGGGUCAGGUUGUUCGAUCAGGACCGAGCUCGUCCAACAGUGGCGAUAAGUAGCCUCAAAA